AUGGGGAGAUUCGGGUCUCAGACCAGUACCUAUAACAGGCUGGUUAUUGUUUUUGUCGCGAUUGGGUCAAUGACAUAUGGUUAUUGCUCUUCGAUCAUCUCCAGUACAAUUGGCCAGCCAGGAUGGUAUGCCUACUUUGGCCUGCCCGCUGAGGGUGAACCGGGAUACGCAACCAUCACUACCCCUGCAAUCUCGACGGCAAAUGGUGUCUUUAGUGCUGGUGGUGCUGUUGGUACACUUUUUAUAAUGUGGUCGUGUGAUUUCUUCGGCCGAAAGGCAAACAUCCAGUUCGGUGCUUUCUUUUCACUGUUCGGAGGAGCACUUCAGGCCGGCUCGAAUUCACUGGCCAUGUUUCAGGCAGGCCGCUUUAUUUGCGGUCUUGGAAUCGGUAUUCUUGUAACCGUCUGUCCUAUGUAUCUUUCCGAGAUGUCGAGUGCUCUGCGCCGCGGCUGGCUGGUCGGGCACCAUGCCAUUUUCCUAGUUUUUGGGUAUAUGCUUUCAGGAUGGGUGGGCUAUGCUUGUUAUUAUGCAACAGGAUCCCUUUCGGAGUUUGGUUGGAGAUUUCCUCUCGCCUUGCAAUGUCUGCCUGCCUUGGUGCUGCUUUUGGGGUCCCCUUGGCUCCCGCGCUCUCCUCGCUGGUUGAUAUCGAAAGGCAAACUCGAUGAGGCGCAGCAUGUUCUUGAGCGGCUCCGUGAAUCACCGGAUGACCCCAAUAACUUGGCUGCCAAGGAGGAGUUCUUCCAGACUAAAGAACAGAUCAAACUCGAGGCUGAGAAAUUGGCCAUUUAUGGUAGCGUGUGGAAGGCUGUCUUUACCAGGAAGACAUACCGAAAGCGAAUGGCUAUCGGUUUCCUUACCCAGUGGGGCGCUGAGUUCGGCGGACCUUUGAUCAUCAACAACUACGCCGUACUUCUGUACACAAACUUGGGCAUGGAGGGUGGUAUGCCUCUACUCUUGAGUGCUGUCUGGCUGACAACAGCUGGUGUGAUCUACAAUCCUCUGGGCGCCUGGCUCCAUGAUAAAGUCAAUUCCCGGCGUGGCAUGUAUAUGAUCGGCUUUGUCGGCAUUAUCAUAUCUACAUCCUGCCUGGCUGCUAUGACUGCCCAAUAUGCUGGCACAACCAACAAGGUCGGAAAUGGAUUCGGUAUCUUCUUUAUGUACCUUUAUCUGGCCUUCCAGGGUACCUUCUGCGACACCACUAUGUACCUUUAUGUUUCGGAGAUUUUCCCAACUGAAAUUCGUCCCAUUGGCAUGGGCUUUUCUCUCUUCGGUCAAUUUGCUUCCACCCUCAUCCUCCUGCAAACCGCCCCCAUGGGCUUUGGCAACGUUGGUUGGAAAUAUUACCUUGUUAUUAUUUGCUGGUCUGCAUUCUUCAUUCCGGUCAUCUAUUUUUUCUUCCCCGAGACUGCUGGUCUCACUCUAGAAGAAAUCGCCAAGAACUUCGGCGAGGAGGUUGCCGUCAACCUCACCAGUGCCACGGACGAGGAAAAGGCUCGACUCGACCACCAGCUAGCCACGGGUGAGAACAUUGAAUCACCUAUACGCUCAGAUUCGGAGAAGGAGGCCAGGCUGUCGUCAGGAGAUGGGGUUGAGCAAAACGUGCCGAAAACAAACUAA